UGAUGAUUUAAAGGCGGUUAUUGGCUCAAUAACUGUUUUUGCAAGAACUGCCCCCAAACAUAAAAUGGCUAUAAUACAAGCCUUUCAAUCAAAUGGUUCAAUUGUAGCAAUGACAGGAGACGGUGUAAAUGAUGCACCUGCAUUGAAAAUUGCCGAUAUUGGUAUAUCUAUGGGUAAAAGUGGAUCUGAUGUCUCCCGAGAAGCUGCCGAUAUUAUUUUAGUUAAUGAUGAAUUUGUAACUAUAUUGGAUGCUGUAAAAGAAGAUAUAUUAAUGGAUGGUCCCCCUGCACAAUCUCUCGGUGUCGAACCAGUAGAUGAAAGUGUAAUGAGACAACCUCCACGAAAGAAGAAUGCACCAAUACUUACACCAGCACUUAUAAUGCGUGUACUCACUUGCUCUGCAAUUAUCGUUGCUGGUACCUUAUUUACCUAUAUUACUGAAAUGCGGGACGGUAUUGUUACAGCAAGAGACACAACAAUGAAAUCUAUUUUUAAAUUAGGAAUAUUUUCGAAUCCAAUGUUUAAUUUAGCAGUAGCAUUUUCACUUCUUGGACAAUUAUUAGUAAUUUAUUUACCAUUUUUCCAAGCUGUUUUUCAAACCGAGCCAUUAGGACUUGAUGAUAUUUUUGGACUUUUGGUUAUAACUUCAUCAGUAUUUUGGAUUGAUGAAUUUCGUAAGCAUUAUCAUAAUCAAAAGCCAGAGGAAGAAUAUGGGACGGUUAUGGCUAUGGAGAUG